AAGUAACAACAUACAUAGUUCAGAAUUUGCAUAUAUAUAUAAUUCUAAAACUAUUAACAAAGAACCAUACUAUAGCAAUAACAAAUGCUAUUCAAAGCUACAAGAACUUGCAAUCAUAGUCAAUGUAGCUUAAGUACCUUUGCCUGUGUAAUCCAUUUUUUACUAAAUAUAUUUCUAAGAGAUGAACAGUUCGAAAAUACUGCUAUAAAAGAUAAACAAGAUUGCAUAAUGAUAAAAGACAUUUUGUAACAAAAUUCCUCAAAUAAGAUGUGAAAAAAAACAAUCUUAUUGAUGAAGCUGAUUUAAAUUUUAUUCAUAUUGCCAUAUGUCGUUAUUAUUGUUAUCAAAAAGUUUUACACUAUUACUUGACCCUUGACCAGUCAUUACUAAAACUUGAUAACUAAUCAGACACACAGUUGUGUCGAAACACUUCGAGCACUUGUAAUGUAAAAUGACUUCCAAGAGCAUUAACGUUUUCGGAAAAAAAAUUUUACAUCGAGGUCCCCUCAAUGUUACUAAACAACAAAUACGUAAUUUUAGUGACGGAAAUGUUAAGCAAACAAGUCUGUACAAUUUGCAUAAAAAACACAAUGGAAAAUUAGUCGACUUCGCUGGAUUUUACUUACCAGUGCAAUAUGCAGAUAUGAGUGUUUCGUCGUCUCAUCUCUUUACUAGAAAAAGUGCUUCGAUUUUUGACGUUUCGCACAUGCUACAGACAAAUGUUCGAGGUAAGGACUGUAUUUCAUGGUUUGAGUCGAUAUGUCCCGUGGACCUAAAAGGAAUGGCACCUGGAACUAGUUCCUUGACCGUAUUUCUAAAUGAAAAAGGAGGAAUAAUUGAUGAUCUUAUAGUCACUAAAGUUAUGGAUAACCAGCUUUAUAUUGUCUCGAAUGCUGGGCGAUUGGAAGUUGACAAACGGCACAUGUUAGAAACGUCGGAAAUAUUCCGUAAGAAAGGUAAAGAUGUCACCAUCAAUUUUUGGGAUGUUACUGAAAGAGCUCUCAUUGCAGUGCAAGGCCCAAUGGCGGCGUGUAAUAUACAACCUCUGACGGACAUUCCGUUGGCCGAUUUAAUGUUUAUGAAUUCAAAAAUUGGGACAGUAGCCGGUGUCGAAUGUCGUGUGACUCGCUGUGGCUACACGGGUGAGGAUGGAUUUGAGAUAUCUAUACCUGCGGAUAAGGCGGAAAACGUAGUGGAGGCGUUAUUACAAUCUCCGGAUGUAAAGCUAGCUGGUCUCGGAGCGAGGGAUUCGCUUCGAUUAGAAGCAGGUUUAUGUUUAUAUGGCAAUGAUAUUGAUGAAACUGUUACCCCAGUAGAAGCCAGUUUGACAUGGUUGAUUGCAAAAGCACGUAGAAAUGAGCAUAAUUUCCCCGGCGCUAAUAUUAUAUUGCGACAAAUUAAGGAGGGUGUUAGUAAAAGAAGAAUAGGGAUAAGAAUAGAGAGUGGAGCACCAGCGCGGAAAGAUGCCGUGCUUAAGAGCGUGCAAGGAGUUGACAUAGGUAAGAUAACAAGCGGUUGCCCAAGUCCAUCUCUAGGUGGAAAUGUUGCUAUGGGCUAUGUAACCGAGGAAUUUAAGAAAAUUGGUACCGAAUUACUCGUUAACAUACGUGGAAAAGAUGUUAAGAGUAAAAUUACAAAAAUGCCGUUUGUUCCAUCAAAAUAUUAUGUAAAAAAAUAAAAGACUAAGUCGUUAAAUUAAAUAAUAGUUUUAUUUGCAAUCAUAAACACAAUAAUAUAAAGUAGAAUUUGUA